AGAGAACAAAACAAGUAAUAGGGUGAAAGGUAAACAAAACAAACUAAAGUGUGUGCGGUUCGUGCAAACUACUCAUCACAAAACGCUUCAGUGACCAUAGACAUGGCGGCAGAAGAGAGCAUAGUUGACUCCACCGAUUUUCCCGUCAAGAGGCCAAGGGAGAACGAAGAGAAUGGCUCAGCUUCCACCCUCACCGUCGACGCCGCCGCCGCAAAGGACCCGAACGGAAUCUCUGCCGUUAUCCCUGGCUGGUUCUCCGAAAUCAGCCCAAUGUGGCCCGGGGAGGCUCACUCGUUGAAGGUGGAAAAGAUUUUGUUUCAAGAGAAGUCUGACUACCAGAAUGUCAUGGUCUUCCAGUCUUCGACAUAUGGCAAGGUUCUUGUUCUAGAUGGAGUCAUUCAGCUGACAGAAAGGGAUGAAUGUGCUUAUCAAGAGAUGAUCACUCAUCUUCCUCUUUGCUCGAUUCCAGAUCCAAAAAAGGUUUUGGUUAUUGGGGGAGGUGAUGGUGGAGUCCUGCGGGAAGUAGCACGCCAUUCUUCUGUAGAAAAGAUAGACAUCUGUGAGAUAGACAAGAUGGUUGUCGAUGUCUCCAAACAAUUUUUCCCUGAUGUAGCUAUAGGUUAUGAGGACCCACGUGUAACACUUCAUGUUGGCGAUGGUGUUGCAUUUUUGAAGGCAGUCCCAGAAGGAACCUAUGACGCAAUUAUAGUGGAUUCGUCUGAUCCUAUUGGUCCUGCCCAAGAGCUUUUUGAGAAACCUUUUUUCGAGUCGAUUGCAAGGGCUCUUCGUCCAGGAGGUGUCGUGUGUACUCAAGCAGAAAGUAUUUGGCUCCACAUGCAUAUCAUCGAGGACAUCGUUGCAAAUUGUCGCCAGAUAUUUAAAGGUUCUGUCAACUAUGCUUGGACCACAGUUCCUACAUACCCGAGUGGGAUGAUUGGUUUCAUGCUUUGCUCAACUGAGGGGCCUGCUGUAGAUUUCAAGCAUCCGGUGAAUCGCAUAGAUGAGAAUGAUCAGAACUCGGCGAAGCCACUGAAAUUUUACAACUCUGAGCUUCAUACAGCUGCGUUCUGUUUGCCAUCUUUUGCUAAGAGGGCCAUUGGUUCCAAAGCAAACUGAGGGAAUUCGCCGGAGAUUCGACUUAGCACGUGUCGUUGACCUUGAAAUCCGGCCCGGCAUUCGUCCUUGGUAAACUAGUCCAUUAUCUAUCUAUCAAGGAACUGCGGAAUAAGUUUAGAACUUCAAGUCGACAUUGAAGAGAGUAACUUUUAUUUCUUGAAAUGAGUAAGAUGAUGGAUUCAGUUGUUAGUAGCUUUACCCGUUAAUCAUUAUAGAUAAUGCGCAACCUUGAGAGACCUUAAGAGUACUUUUUUUCUUUAAUUUGUAAUGCAAUAUGGUUGUUUUUUAAUUUUUACUAAUUUGCUUAAAAUUGAAACGUGUUCUUAAUUUA